UCAAUUACCUUCCUUAUGUACAAUGCAUUCUUUUGCUUUGGUGUCAACUUUGCUCACUGCUCUUGCAGCAGUGGCCAGUGGAUCAUUCCUAUCACUUCGAAGAGAAUUAUCGCUAUGCCUCUGUGAAGACGAAGCCUGGGAUAUCACCAGGCGAUGGCUCGGCAUAUUCUCAACCCCCGGCGUUUCUAGCAAGGCGGAGCUGGCCACAAUCGUCUCUCAAAACCUCACAAGCUACGACGACACAUUCGGUCCUCCGACUAUCGGUAUAGAUCAACUCUGGGCCGCCCUCACAGCAGGCGGCAACGCCACAACAGCCAACGUGACGCAGGCGCCCAACUUCCUGCUUCAUACUUGCGAUCAGAUUGCGUACAACUGGCAGUACACAGCCGUGACAACAGGCUAUAACUCAACGGUACCGGUGGGAACUCCAGUUACUUUUGCCGGGAAUGAUAUCAUACGAGUGGAUCUUGCGACCAGGCUGGUGUCGAAAGCCACGUCAGCUGGCAACUGGAUUCUGCUCGCUCGCCAACUGGGGGAUUCAUGUAAUGUUUGAUGAAAAUCCUGCUAUCGGCCUGAGAGUACUUUCUUUCUCUAUCAAACGGCCCUUCCAUGUUCUGAGAGACCGAGCCUAUUUUCGUCGCACUUAGACUUGAAAUUCAAGUAAUCUUGCAAAACGACAAACCUUUCAUCUUAUCAAGAUUAAAAAAAAAACGGACCUG